AUGGACAGAAACUACCCGUGCUCAGGCUUUGCGGACGGGCUGGCUCCCCCAGCACAAAGCGCAGCGUCUUGGGCCUAUGAGCGCAGUCCUGCGAGUGUGAAGCCGAGCAUCAGUUAUGGCUCGACACACAUUGACACGGAGAAUCUUCAUCGACAAAUCUACACUGCCUCCCAUCAGCUGCCCAACUACACUACCACACACCUUCCUGCAGCAGGAACACUUGAUACAAAUCAUACUUCUGAGACCUCCAUUAUGAGCUUCUUGUCAGCCAUGGAGUCCAGAAGUCUUCAGGCAGGACCUGUCAGCGCCUCACUGCUCCCUCCUUUUCGACCACCAUCUUGGCCAGCUGGCACCAAUUCUACUACAGAGCUGUACCUGACUGGUGCCCUACCAUCUACUGCCACUUUCCCAUCUACUGCCGCUCUUAUGUCUUAUCAACAUGCCAGUGCCUACCCCACCAGAAGCUGUGCUGCUAAUUCUCCCCCAGCUCUUCAGGACCCUGCCUUCAGCACUUCUACAAGUGGCCUGUUUCUCUCUCCUCACGACCCCCUUCUACAUCUCAAACAUAGUCAGACCAUGCUACCUGCAGCUUUGGCCUUUUCUGCACCUUCUUUAGGUUCCACUUUACCAGUCCAAUCCUCCACGUACCGCUCGGCUCAGGAGUCCGCCCCUCACCUCCUUCAACCACAGUUCAGCCUCCUGACCCAUGGACCUACACAGCAAUAUGGCUCUACUGUUUUUUCAGGUGCUGCCCCUGAGAAGGCCUCUGUGACCGCACCUUCCCCGCUGGCCACACAGCUGCCGAGUGUGGCUUUGGAAGGACUCACAGAUGAUGAGCUUUCUGACAGCGGAGGAGAGGGAAUGUACCGAGAAAGAGAUGAGUUUGUCGUCCGAAAGGAAGAUAUUGAUAGUUUGCAGGCCACGAUGAAAGCUGGGAGUGAUCCUCCAGCUAUCUGGAAGGUCCAAAAGGCUUUGUUGCAAAAGUUUGUGCCAGAGUUACGAGAUGGACGCAGAGUCUUUUCAGCCACAAACAGUUAUCUGGGGUACUUUGGAGAUGCAAAAAACAUGUACAGACGAGUUUAUAUCAAGUUUUUGGACACUGUCAAUAAGAGGGAGUAUGUCAGAGUUUGUAGUAGAAAACCUCGCUGUAAGCCCAUGACUUCACUGAGAGGCAUACAGGUAAAAACCCUGCUUGGGCUGACGGCUAACACUUGCACCACCACCGUGUGCCAAAAAAGACUGAAACAGCCCAAGUCCAGAGUAGAACCACCUCCCAAGAAGCGACGGAAAUGGAAAGAGGAGUUUUCUUCUGCUCAUUCUGACACAUCUGCCGAGGAAGAUGACCUAAAGGCCCCAGUACUUGUUACUUCUCGCCUGCUCAACACGAGGACAAUGAAAGAGACGUUUAAGGGCUUUGUGGAACUGCUCUUCACGACUGCAUUUGAUGAGGAUUUGAUUUCUUCUUUAGAAGGAUCCAACGAUGAUUUGCUCCUGCCACACUUGAAGAGGGUGGAUGGGAUUUUAAUCGACAACAAGAAAUGUUUGCUCAAAAAACUUUCUAUUGAAAAUAUUCUUAAGACUGCUUUGGACAGCUUUCCUGAGAUUGCAGUAGUGACAGAGUUGAAAAAGGAUGGUGAAACAGCUUUUAAAAUUCGUCUUAGUGGAAGGGCCUACAACAGGAAAACGAUGAAACCUUACAAGUUACCAAACAAAGUGCCACAGGAAUAUAGUGUUAACCAGCAGCAGACUCGGUGGUUCUCUUUGUACCACUCUUUGCAGCAUUACAAGUACCACACAUACCUUAUGUGUAAAAAUGAGGUGGAGACACUGCGGGUCCAGUCUGGAGAGAUGGGAGCAGAACAGAGUGUACAGAAGUGCCUGCAGAACGGAGCAUGGUUGGAGAGCCUCUUUGAUCGUUUUGGAGAACUCAUCAAUCAGGUGCAGCAGGUCUGCCGAUGA